AUGAAGCUCCUCGGCCAUGUCUUGCUCGCGGCUGCUGGAGUCCUGGCGCAGUUCCCGAACGUCAGCCCGAACCUGACGACCAUCGCCUCGCCCCUCGACCCGAACAUCACAAUCAGCUACAAGGUGCCCUCGGGGGCCUGCACGACCGCCUUCGAGACGCAGCAGCAGUACACGGGCUGGGUCACUGUUCCGGGCGACUACCCGACAAACCUCUUCUUCUGGUUCGUGGGGGCCCGGGAGCCGUCUUCGACUCUGACCAUAUGGCUGAACGGCGGGCCAGGCUCCUCUUCCAUGUUCGGCUUCUUCACCGAGAUAGGACCCUGCGAAGUCGUGGAUAGCGGGCCGGAUGACAAGUACAAGACCGUGGCGAGAGAAUGGGGCUGGGACAGAGCGUCCAACAUGCUGUUCAUCGACCAGCCGAACCAGGUCGGCUUCUCUUUCGACACACCGACGAACGGGUCUCUGAACCUGGUCACUGGCGAAAUAUCCAGUCCCCCAAGAGGGCCACCCAAGUCGACCCCGGCCGAGCUGUUUCUCAACGGCACAUUCAGUUCUAUGAACAGCAGCCGCACGGCGAACACAACCGAGACGGCUGCCACCGCGAUAUAUCACAUGUUGCAAGGGUUCCUAGGCGUGUUCCCACAGAUAAACCCGCCAGACAGCGGCUCGCUGGGCGUCAAUCUGUUCGCAGAGAGCUAUGGCGGCAAGUACGGGCCGGCCUUCGCUGCGAGAUGGGAGGACAUGAACACGGCCAGAGUCAAUGGCACAGCGUCCAAUGCCACCACGGUGGACAUCCACCUGACGUCGCUGGGCAUUGUCAAUGGCUGCGUCGACGACCUGAUCCAGGCGCCUUACUACCCAGCCAUGGCCGUUAACAACACCUACGGGCUGGUCGCCAUCAACUCCGUCCGCGCGCAGGCUGCCAACGCGAGCUUUUACGUUCGAGGUGGCUGCCGCGACUUGAUCCAGCAGUGCCGGGCUGCCGUCCAGGCCGAUGAUCCAGGCAACUCGGGUGCAAUGCCCCUUGUCAACAGCGUGUGCUCCCGCGCCUACAAAAGCUGCACGAAUAAUGUCAUGCUGCCUUAUACGGACGCCGGCCGCAGCGUCUACGACAUCUCGGCCCCCCUGCCGGACGCCUUCCCACCCUCGCGGUACCUCUCCUAUCUGAACAGCCACUCUUUUCAGGAAGCUAUCGGGACGACGCUGAAUUACACCGAGAGCAACCUCGCAGUUCAAGAAGCGUUCGCCUCCACGGGGGACUACGAACGCCAGGCGCUCGUGCCGAAGCUUGCAGCUCUGCUCGACGCAGGUGUCCGGAUAGGUCUGAUAUACGGCGACCGGGACUACAUAUGUAACUGGCUGGGCGGGCAGGCCAUCUCGCUGAACCUCGCCUCUUCGUUGUCGUCCUCGCCGUCGUCGUCGAGAUACUCAUCGGGCUUCCCAAACGCCGGCUACGCGCCCAUCAUCGUCAAUGACACCUACAUCGGCGGCGUGGUGCGCCAGUUCGGCAACCUCUCCUUCAGCCGCAUCUACCAGGCGGGGCACUCGGUGCCCGCGUACCAGCCCGAGACGGCCUUCCAGGUCUUCGCGCGCAUCAUCAUGGGGACGUCCGUGUCCAACGGGCAGGCCGUCGACCUCGCGUCGUACAACACGACCGGCGCUGCCAAUGCGACAGAGACCUUUGCCCUCCCGGCCACGCCGACGCAGACGUGCUGGGUGCGGAACAUUCCGGGAAGCUGUAGCGAGGAUCAGAAAGACAUGUUGCUCGACUUGGGCACCGACGAGAGCAAUGUGGCGAUUAUGAACGGAGCCCUCGUCACCGGGUCGGGUGCGAGCAUGGUUCCAGGUACCACGGCUGCCAGCACGGCCACGACUACGGUGCCACUCACAGGCCUAUUCACAGCAACGGCAACGCCCAGCAGCAUGGCGGCAGUGUUGGAUACUAAGCCUCCUAGCUUGGCAAUGGGCAUCUGGGCUUGGUUUUGCGUUUCUUGGAUAAUAGAAGCCUGGUCCGCGUAA